CCAGAAAAAACACCAAUAGCGUACUGGUUGAUGAGGACACCUUUCAUUUACGAAUGGUCUGAAGAAAUCGGCCUACCUAUGUUUGAAUUCUACACACAGACAUUUGCUCAGUUCGUUGAGCUGAAUCGAUUAGUAUAUGACUCAGGUGGUUAGAAGAUCAUGGGCGAUGAAGAGUGAGAAAGAUGAGAAAAUAUCUGCCAGACAGAGACAGCUUUGUUAAUUCCGAUUAAAUUUCAUAAAUUUGUUCAUUGCUCGGACGGUAAUAAUAUCGAAACAAUCAAUUUAAUUUGAUUAAAUCAAACGCAUCACAGUUGUAACGCACACUAUCUCUUUCACUCUGCUCUUUUCACAUUUUUCGUUAAACCUCUGUCUUUAGCAGUCAUACUAAGCAAUGGAAUCCGUUUGGUUUUAUGCAAUAAUUCUAGUGUAAAAGUUAUGACAUGUGGUACUCAUGUGCGCGUUAUUGCGUCGUGUUGUUUGAUUAUAUUUAGCAUUGAUACUGACAUUCAUUAUAUGCACGAUUACGUGUUAUGAAUGAAUAUCAUAAACAUAUCAACGAUAGAACAGUGGUAUAAACUAUUCCAAAUAAAAUGCUGCUUUUGAAGUGCGUUUUAUUUAUAGCCAGCUUUAUAACAAUUGUGUGCUGUUCUGGUAACAAUCAAUGGAUCUUCGAGCAGUCACGGAGAACUUUUGAAAUCGACUUUGACAACAACACUUUCUUAAAAGAUGGAGAACCGUUUCAGUUUAUAUCCGGCUCAUUUCAUUACUUUCGUGCCUUACCUGAAUCGUGGAAUCAAAUAAUGAGAUCAAUGAGAGCUGCCGGCUUAAAUGCAAUCACAACAUAUGUCGAAUGGUCGACGCAUAAUCCAAAGGAGAAUGUUUAUAAUUGGGAAGGAUUAGCAAAUAUCGAACAGUUCAUACAAAUGGCACAAGAAGAAGAUUUGUUGGUUAUUCUUAGACCUGGACCCUAUAUAUGUGCUGAACGAGAUAUGGGUGGGUUUCCGUAUUGGUUACUGCACAAGUAUCCCGGCAUUCAAUUAAGAACCAGUGACACCGCUUACCUACGAGAAGUACGAACUUGGUAUGCAGAAUUGUUUUCUAGACUUAUACCAUACUUGUAUGGCAACGGAGGACCAAUCAUUAUGGUUCAAGUGGAGAACGAGUAUGGAUCAUACUUUGCCUGCGAUCAUAAGUACAUGAAAUGGUUACGCGAUGAAACAGAGAGAUAUGUUAUGAAACAUGCUGUUUUGUUUACUAAUAAUGGUCCAGGCUAUAUUUCAUGUGGUUGUGUAGAUGGCGUUUUGAACACUCUCGACUUUGGUCCAGGAACUGUGGAGGAAAUAAAUGGAUAUUGGAAAGACCUACGACAAAUUCAGCCCAAAGGACCAUUGGUCAAUGCGGAGUAUUAUCCAGGCUGGUUGACUCAUUGGCAAGAAGAAAAAAUGGCGCGCGUGCCAGUCGAUCCAAUAACAACUACGUUGAGAGAAAUGUUGAAAGCAAAAGUAAAUGUCAACAUUUACAUGUUUUAUGGAGGGACAAAUUUUGGGUUUACUGCAGGAGCAAACGAUGGAGGUCCUGGGCGAUAUAUGCCUGAUACUACCUCUUAUGACUAUGAUGCGCCUCUAGAUGAGGCCGGAGACCCAACGCCAAAAUACAUUGCUAUUCGAAAGGUUAUAUCUGAAUUUUUUCCCAUGCCCAACGUACUCGUUCCCAACGUCACUUGUAAAUUAUCUAUUUCUCCUGUUCUUCUCGAGCCUAUAGAUACCGUUUUAAACAAGAAUGUUCUUCAAACAAUAGCAUCUUCGGAAGUGUUUAAUGUAUAUCCACUUUCGUUUGAGGCUUUAAAUCAGAAUUCAGGGUUAGUGCUCUAUGAAGCAACUAUACCAGAAAACAUAAAAACAGAUCCUUUGAAAUUGACCGUUGAAAAGGCGUAUGACAAAGGUUAUGUUUUUAUAGAUUACAGAUACGUGGGCACACUAUCCAGACAAAAUGAUAUAAAUUCGGUAUCAAUAGAGCUAGGGCUUGGUAAUCAACUUCAGAUUAUUGUGGAAAAUGAGGGUCGUAUAAAUUUCGGUCUACUCAAUGAUUUUAAAGGUUUGCUUGGCAAUAUUUUCAUCAACACUCAGAAGAUUAUAAAUUGGACCAUGACUGGAAUUCCAUUGGACAACAUAGAACAAAUAAGCAAAUUUAUCGAACGUAGGGUACAAGAGAAUCAACAGUAUCCACAUAAAAGUACAUUAGAAUCAGAACAACUGCCUGAGCAACAUGGACCUACACUAUAUUAUGGCACAUUCAACAUCAAUGACAAAGAAAUUUGUGAUACCUACCUAAACCCUACAGGUUGGGGGAAAGGUGUAGUGUUUAUCAACGGUUUUAAUUUGGGUCGUUAUUGGCCUCUGGCAGGGCCUCAAAUUACUUUGUAUGUGUCACGGCAUAUACUUAAAUGUAACAUUAAUGAAAUCAUUUUAGUAGAAUUUCAGAUGGCAAAGUUUCCGAGUUUAAAUAUUGAUUUUGUUAGCUCUCCAAUGUUUAAUUAGAAGUAGAUACUAUUCGUACUUGUAUACGAAAUACAAUUG